AUGAGUACAUCAUGUCGUCCUCGUACCCUCCUAGUCCUUAGCGUGACUGACAGUCUAAACUACAUGGGAAACAGUUUUAGAACGCAUGUGUCUACACGGUUUCCCGCAGCUGUUAUCAUGUCAUCAUCGUACCCUCCUAGUCCUUAG